UCAUAUGACUCGCACUGACUAUGGUCUAUCAACCACCCCAGCCUUGGCUGCUGGCAGACUGAAGUCUCAAAGGUAAUGGUCUCAAACGCCGAAGCCGCCGGCGCUUUCCACUCGCCGAAGCCGGCGGUCCUCCGGUUCCCCAAACGCCCGGCAGCUUGGUUUCAGCGACGAAAACACCGGGGGGGGCGCAACGGAAGAGUCGCGUUGGCUUGCUCAGGGCGAUGCCCUGUUGUGCAGGUGGACUUGCCACCCCUUCCGGAUGGAGCGCCGCUCGACUCCCGCACUCAGAGUGUGGAGGAAACCGAGAAGAAGAACUUUGAGAUGUCCUUCUGCUCCUUAGAGCUCGUGGCGCCCCUCAUCCCAGCGAAGGGGGGCGGCGGCUAUGGUGCCAAGUUCAUCGCCUUGGAUGCGAAACUGACCCGGCGGGUGGUGUGUUGGCGCUUCGUGGCGCCGAAACACCUGGAGGCUGGGCCCCGGGCGCUGUUGCAAGACGCCGUGGCCAAGGAUGUGCAACAACUACAACUCUUGAGACACCCAUGCCUUUGCCCGUACUUCGGUGCUGAGAUGGUGGGCAAGGAGCUGUGCGUGGUCACGGGCUACGCCUCCGGCGGCUCGGUGGCCGAUUGGCUCGCCGACGCGGGGCCGGUGCCCGAGGCUCCCUGCUUGCGAGUGGUUCAGUCCGUCUUGCAGGGCUUAGAGUUCCUCCACCGGCACAUGGUCACCCACGGUGCACUGCGAGGUGGCAACGUCUUGUUAGGUCCUGGCUCAGCGAUCCGCCUUGGUGACUUCGGUCUCGCCGCCUUGCGGCAGACCGGCGCCUCCGCGGCGCCUCUGGGCGCGGCGGGAGGGCUCCCCCCGACGGGCGCCUCCGCGGCGGCGCUGGGCGCGCUCGCCCAAUCGGGGGCGCCUUGGAUGUCGCCAGAGGUGCUGGAGGGCAACAAACCCACAGCGCCCAGCGACAUUUGGUCCUUGGGUUGUUUGAUCGCCAGGGGUGCUCGGCCGGCUUUGCCUGCGUACCUUCGUUUGUUGGUCCAUCCGUCCUUCGUCUUGGCUCUGAGAUGUCAAGAUCUGAGUUCUGAGUUCCGGACCAGGCAUGGCCAUCCUGCCAUCCUGCUUUGGUCCGUACGGACGGAGCUCUUGCUCUUGGGUAUGGUGUUUGACCUGCGAGGAUGGGUGAACUUGCCCCAGAACUAUGGUGCUGAGGACGCAGUUCUGCGAAACGCGGAGGCAGCGGGUCAGCAGGAGCAAGAGGCACAGCGCCUGCGAGACGGACACCGGGAGGGAGGCGCGGCGUGGUUGCGGACCGAGUUGGAGGAAGCAGGGCAGCAGGAGCCACAGGUGCAGCGCCUGCGAGAUGGACACCGGGAGGGAGGGGCGGCGUGGUUGCGGACCGAGUUGGAGGCCAAGAACUACACCGACUUGCGACGGCUGUGCGAAGCAGGGCAGCAGGAGCCAGAGGUGCAGCGCCUGCGAGACGGACACCGGGAGGGAGGCGCGGCGUGGUUGCGGAUCGAGUUGGAGGCCAAGAACAACACCGACUUGCGACGGCUGUCCGCUAUGUUGGGGCUGCCGCAGAGGAACGCGGAGCCGUCCUUGGUGGAUAUAGCUUCGGAGUUGGGCCUACCUUGCGAGCAUAUGCAUCGGAACAGGCUGGUGGAUAGCAUCGUUCUGUCGCUCUGUCCGCUGCGAGCGCCCGGGGCGGAAGAUGAUGUGAGGUAUCACUUUUGGCGCUGGCUCGCAGAUUGCCGGACCGCCACCGUUGCCAUCUUGCAACACCUUUCUGCUUUGAAUGUUCAGUUUCCAGCUGAAGUGCCAGAGACUUGGACCACUGCGAUGGAACAACUGCAAAGCAUCAGAUGGCCAGACCGUUUGUCUGGAUUGCAGUGCAGUAGUUUGCUGGCUGUGUUGUUGGAGAAUCGGCCACUACAGCGCAGAGGUUGGUGGCAGUUGGUGGAUUGCUGGGAUCGCGCAGAUCCAGUGGAUGUAGCAGAGCGACUGUGGAGCCUGGGCACAUGUCAUCAAGCUGGACCAGCAGUGGAGCCAGACAGUGGCUUCCAGGAUCGAGAAGAUGUUUUGGAGGUGGGUUCGGCAGAAAGCGAGGACUUUUGCAAGGUUUCUGUGGACGUUUGGUUUGGAGACACAGCGGUCUUGGGCACACUGAAGCACAAGCACAAGAGUCGUGGAUAUGAUGAGGCAGACAAACUCUUGUUGCGCACUUUGAUGCGGCGCUAUGGCUGGGAAAGACAUCUGGACGAGAGCACAGCGUGCACGUGGAUGGAAACCUUUGAAGCAGUCAAGAAGGCAGAGGAUUGGUCUCGUUUUGCUUGGUUUCUGGUCGCGCACUUGUUGCACCCUGCUUGUCGUGAGAGUUUGCGUGCGUGGCACAAUCCGGUGACCGUUUUGGAGUCGAGAUUAGACCGCAGUGGUAUUGCCCAGGAGGUGGUUACUUUGCACGAUGACUUGUUGGCCUGGCAAGAUCUCCACGGGUGUUCUUCGUUGCCCGAGAAGAAGCAGCAUGCAGACUUGGCGAAGAGGGUGGGCAAGUAUUUCAACAGCAGGGAGGCGCGUGUGAGGACCCUCCAGAAAGCUUAUCCUGCAGACUUUGCGCCGCUGCCUGGUUACAGAGUUGAGUGUUUGUCCUUGGAAGGCGAUUCCCUGCGUGGUGUACUCUGGCGGUCUGCAGCUGAACGUGCUCUGAUGUUUUCGAUCCCUGGAUGGAGAGAAGAGGGCAAGGGCAAGGAGGAGUUUCAUCCCUUGCAGGAUUUCUGUAAGCAUUGGUUGCCAGAAGCAGACGAGAUGGAGUGUCUUGAUUUGUUGACGAACACACAGCGCCCUGUCACGUGGAAGCUCGAGCAAGUCGCGAGACGAUUGGACUGUUCACCCACGGUAUCUGGUGUGCAAGAAGCCUUAGCCAAGCGCUUACUGCGAUCUUUCCCUGAAGAUGCAGGUGAAUGCCUACAGAAAUUCUGCUGUAGAUUGUGUCCAACCGACUGCGCAGAUGCAAAGUCCUUCAAAGAGCACGUCGCACAGGAGCACGCUGGCGUCGGGCUGCAAGAUACUCCCCGGAUGCUGAUUGAGUAUCGCAAGAAGAUUCUUGUACCAGGUAUGAGCAGACAGAGGACAAUAGCUGCCAACUUUGAUGAGCGCUUGCGUUGCCCUGCAGGCACGAGUGAGGAGGGCCGAGUGGAAGCUGCCUGUGUGGUGUGUGCUCGACGUUUUUGGGCGCAUGAGUUGAACAAGGUGCUACUCUUCACCGAUCCUGCCCAAGCAGAAGGGCUACCACAGCUCCCGGAUGGAGUGGAUGCAGCAGUCCGUCCAUCCCAGCAGCAUCGACUCUGCCGCCUGCUGGGAGUUCCACGCUAUGCUGAGCGCUGGCCGCACAUUGCUUUGGAGGAGUUGCAGAAGUCUGCCGUUGAACAUCCUUUCCUCCCAGGUGAAUAUGUGCUCUUGCACCGGCGGCGCAUGCCGGAAGACGCACGACAGCCGUCCCCUGUUUGCCGGGACUGCCGCACCAGCCUGACAGCCCAGGUUCUGACCUUGCCGCGCCACGCCCUGGCGAAUGACCUGUGGCUUGGCAGAGCCUUGCCAGAGCUUCGUUCCCUCUCCGCGGGGACGAAGCGGCUCUUGCCCCUGGUGCGUGUGUGCAUGCAGGUCACCGUCCUGCAGCCGGUGGUGCUUCCCCACGCCGAACGGCAGAAGGGCUUCAUCGGGAACACCAUCUUUUUGCCGCAAGCCAGUCCUUCCUCAGUCGAAGCAGUGUUGCCACCCCGCGCAGAGGACAUGGCCGAGCACAUCUUGUUCGUCUUGGUGGGCCACAACAGAGGCGACCUGCGAUCGUCGGCCACGAUGCAGGCACCUCGAGAGGAAUACGUUGCCGCUGUGGAGCGCCUCCGACAAACUUCCAAGUACUACGCGGAGGCAGCGGUCGAUCUCAGUCGAUGGUCUGGCCAGGAGGAGACUAUGUUUGAAGGCUGUGUCCUUGAGACGGACGCAGACAGCUAUUUGGCGAGAGAGCUCUUACAACGGGGACCGGCGGACGCUCAAGGCCAAGAGAGCAGCCAGCAGGAGGAGGACGACGCUGGCAUGGCGGAGGACACUGCAGAGUCCGGUCAUCUGAUUUCCAGCAUUGUCGGCCUGAAUGACACCUCGGACGAUGAGAAUCGUUGGUUGCGGGUUUGCCGAGAUGUGGAGGAUCUGUGUCGUCGAAAGCCUCGACAGUAUGACACUGAUGCAGAGCUGGUCGUGCGCAAUCGGGCCAACAAUGACCUGGGUGUGGAUGCUGCGCAGAUGGAAGGAGCAAAUCUACUGGGUCGAGAAGGUGCGCACGAACGUGGAGUCCUUCGUCGCAUCCGGCAGGUCCAGACUGUGGCCGCGCAUGGGGUGGAGACAGAGCGACAAGCGCAAGGGCAAAUGUUUGAGGUCAGGCCACAGAAGUUGGUGGUGCCUUCUCGAGAUACCCCUCUGAGCAUGUUUGAGCCAGGGACCUGGGCAAUGGCUUUUCCUACGUUGUUCCCUUGGGGUGACGGGGUGCCUUUCUUGAAGAGAGAGACGAGCAUGGAAGCUUCUGAAGUGUUUCGUUAUUUACUCCUACGCGAAGAGCUCCAGUACAGCGGUGACGCAGGUGUUGAAGAUGAGGAGCAGUUGCUCCCGACGAUGUAUGAUGUCCAACGUCGUUUGACGUUGAUGCGGACCUCCAAGGCCUAUGUCAAGAGGAGUGGCUUCGGCCGCCACUGCUCGGUUAUAGCCUCCGUGACCUCCGAGCACCUCCUGAAGGCUAUGGCGCUGCACGGGGAGAAAGCGGACAUCCGCGAGUUGCUCCGCUCCCCGGACGUGGACGUGGGGGGCUCGCGAGUCGAGGCCUAUGAGGUCGACCUGGCCUGGGACCUCGAGGCACCAGCGCUGCCCUCGCUGAGCGCAAUGCGUCGCAUUCUAGCUGCCGACCCAGCGGUCUUGCCAGGGACUUCGAAGAUGGUUUUGCUGCUUCCACUCAUGCUGGUUGCUUUGGAGAUGUGGCAGCCUUUUGUGGCCCUCUUGAGACGCAAGGACGCGGUUCCAUGCACCCACAUAUUCUGGUUGUGCUUUUGGGGGCACGACUUGGGCAAUCGCCUUCGCUCUGUUUUGGCCACCGCAGCGCGUGGAGAACUGGUCAUUGAGUUGGAACGCUGGAGUCGCGCCGUCCUACAAGCAGCCAGCCGUAUUCGCUACGACAGCCAGCAAGCUCUCAGUCAGCAGUUGGAACAAGAAGUCUGUCCACUACCGCUGAGCGAAAAUCAGCGUGCUGCGUGUGGGAGGCAAUACAGCGACGUGCCACUGAGGUCAACGGAGCCAGACGGCCACGAAGCGGCGACGGAGUCCAGUACACCUCUCCGACUGACCGGAUGCUUCGCUUCACUACGUCCACAUUAUGUCAGGAGGAGCAAGGCCGCUGCUUUCAACGCGGCCAGUUGGAACGCUGCGAAAGGCAAGCGGGGAUGUCGAUUUGGCUGCUUCCACGUCGAACUACACAAAGAAACGGAAGACUCUGGACUGGAGAAGGUGCGCGCGCGUUGUUUGAAGGGAUGGCCUCGAGUUCAGCGUGCGCAGUUUAUGAUUCUACCACGUGAAAAUGUUCCAUUGGAGGAAGAGGAGGCCAUGAAGAAUGAGAACCCCCAUGUCUUUCAACCUCAACGGGACCAUCCCUUCGAAGGCAUGUCGAAUCCCAUAGCUCAAGUCAGCAUGCGGUGCAACGUCGACGUGAAAUACUUGGGACGUGGUUUUUGCGAUGCCGAUUUGCAGAAAUUGGCUGCCAAUGAAGAGGAUGGAGACGGACAGGGCGGAGACGCACAGCCACCAGACGGGGAGCGCAAAAAGAAGGACAAGAGCUUGGACGCGCGGUUGCACAGAGUUGUUGUGGAUAUGUUUCGGGACAUGCAGGAUGUGCAAUUUUAUACUGGGGAGUACGCGAGCAAGAAGUUCGAAGUGUCUCGAUCUCUGCUGCCGGAACUCUUUGCCGGCGUUCAGCGUCUUGAAGCUGAAGAGGCACAGCGUCAGGCAGCUGUGUCAGAUGCGGGACGUUAG